CCUCCAUCAUCAGGGUAAACUCAUACAAGACUACACAGUGCUACAACCCAAUGUUACCUUUCAUCACAAAGUUGCCGAUCUUGAACAACGAAAACCGCAUGGUGUCACAUUACGUCUGGUCAAAGGCACUGAUUAACUGAUGAACUUUAAGCAAUGCUAUGAUCAAUGCUUUUAUGUUUAUAUUGUUAUGUUGGUAUAACUUGCAGUGAUGCAGAAAUGUAGGUUACGUGCAUAUUAUUGAUCGAAAUAAGUGUUGUGUGUGAAAAGCACGCUGAUUGUAAAUAUUAGUUAAUAUAUCGUGACGAAAAAUGGAAGAAAUUGAGAUGUUUGAAGAGGUUCUGGAUGGCGAUGUUAACGGAACAGGUAGUGUCAAUCAGUUUAUGGACGAUAUAAGAAAUGGCAGGUAUAUGGAGUUACUGACAACAUCCAAAUGUCAAGAAGUGUACUGCCAGUAUUUAGAUGGCAAUUGUGACAGUGUUACCCUUGAUGUAUUGUUAGAGAAAUCUGUGAAAAUAUACAUGGAUCACAACUGUACAACACCAAGACAGCAGUUGGAAGUUCUUUGUAUGGGUAUAGCCAGUCUCUAUGCAUUUGUACAGAGCAAUUGGACAGGUCCACCACUGGAAAAUUACCAGUAUCCAGCCUGCGACGACUGUAUUGUACCAUGGUUACAGUCUUGGUAUAAAGGUAGCAUCAUGAGCGAGAAACAGUUACAAGAUGAGGUAACAGCUUGCCUGGUUCUUGAUGGAGAAAUCUGCUGUCCUGUCAUGAGUCAUCCAGAACUGUUGCUGUUAGCACGUGUCUGUCUACAAGUUUGCUGUGAUAGGCCGCAGCCUCUGCUAGGCAGCAAGUGGUGGCUCCUGCGAUGCUUGUUUGUUCACCAACAAGUCCUGGAUGAGUUUUCCCCUACCCUACACAAGGGCAUUACAGCACUUUUGGAAGAACUGGUGAAAUGCGAAGCUCUGAUGGCCAAAGAGCACAACCACAUCUGCUUCCAUUUGGAGGCUGCGCAGAUCCAUCUCUUUUACAGGCACGUCGUGAAGUCGCAAGAGCACUGUAAGGUGGCACUGAAGGCAGCUAACAUGAACUUAGAGCUUACUGGUGCACUUGGUAAGAGGACGCACUUCCAAAUGAGGGAGCUGGCCCAACUCACUCUGAGAGUGUCUGUAGAUGAAAGCAGCAGGCCUGUUCAUUUCCCCAUUGCUCAGUCAGAACACUUGCCAAAGGAUUUGAGACUUAAUAAUGAAGUAAGAUUGGAUAAGAUCAAAUUCUCAAAUGAAACGGAUGGUGAAUUUCCAACCCUGCAUCCCCUGGAGCAAGCUGUUGUCCUGGGAAUUUUUGUGCAAACCCUGAAGUCUCAACCCAAAGACAAACUGGCAGAUGAAGAAUUGAUGCCGUACUUAAUGUGUCUCUUGUCUCACCCCGUUCUGUGGAGUUUGCAGAUGUCAGCUCUGCUCCAACGUUGCCGUCUUGAAGGCCACAAUUCUCGCACUGUAGAGAGAGCCAUGAUGCAAACGGAGGAGUUAGUGCAGUGCUUCACUAAAAGGAAUCCGCAUGCCGGACUGAGACAUCAUUACAUUUUUUGUUCACAUCUACCACCUCACUGGAAGGUUGAAACUGAACUGGCAGAUCUGUUAGUUUCCCUUGGGGUUGUGAAGAGUGCUUUGGACAUCUUCCUACGACUUCAACUCUGGGAAAAAGUUAUCAUGUGCUACAACCUGUUGAACCUUAGGCAUAAGGCUGCAGAAAUAAUACAGAAAGAACUACACAAGAAGGAGACCGUGACAUUGUGGUGCUUGAUGGGAGAUGCUACAGAUGAUCCGCUGUGCUAUGAGAAGGCGUGGGAGUUGUCAGGCCACAAGAGUGGGCGCGCUCAGCGGCACUGGGCAUUGUACUACUUUAACAAGAAGAAGUAUGCUGAAAGCAUUCCUCACCUUCAGGAGUCGCUUGCCAUCAAUAGUCUGCAGCUUUCUCUCUGGUAUUUCCUGGGGUUUGCUGCUCUGGUCCAAGAGAAUUGGUCCCUCUGUGCCACAGCUUAUCAGCGAUAUUGUGCACUUGAUCCUGAGAGUUUUGAAGCCUGGAACAACCUGUCUAAAGCAUAUUCGAAGAUGGACCAAAAGUUCCGAGCAUGGAUGGCACUGCAGGAAUCUCUCAAGUGGAACUAUGAGAACUGGCAUAUUUGGGAAAAUUACAUAUUUGCGAGCACUAGCAUCGGCAAGUUCCACGAGGUGAUACAGGCUUACAACAGGGUCCUGGACCUAAAAGAGAAGCAUGUUGACACGCUGGUGCUGGAAAUACUAGUAGAUGGUGUCUGCAGCUCAGAAGCUCAAGGGGACUUGAAAAAGAAGGCUGAGCAGUUGUUCACUCGACUUACACAACAGGUGAGGAAUAAUGUAAAGUUGUGGCAGCUGUUUGCGAAGCUGACGCUGACUAACAUUGACAAUGAAACGUAUGAUGAACUGGAGAAAGUCGUGUCUUACCUGCACAAAGCAUUCUGGAGUGCCAUCCAGGACUCAGGCUUUGAGAAGGAUAUCAAGGAUACUUUGGGCACCAUGCAGAUAACUUCUCAGUUGAUUGAUGCCACGUUACUGUGCUGCAGUAAGUGCCCAAGACCAGAGAAGACGGCGCAGAUGCUGGCCUCAGCAAAGCUCUGUCUUCAGACCCUUAUAGCAAGAAUCAAGCGAUUUUAUCCCAGUCUUCUGUCGAGAGAAGAAUGUCAGGAUGAGAUGGCGGUGCGCCUGAAGGCUCUUGAAACCAAACUAGAAGAGCUCCAUUGAUCGAUCCCACCCACCCAGACUCUACUACUCCCUGGUUUGCUCAUUCUCUCAAGCUCACUCCUGCAUUUCUCACUCGAUCCCUCGCUCAUUGCCGAGCUCAUUUGCUCCAUGACUUACUAAUUUCCCCUCACUAUCACACCUUCAAUCCAUCAGUCUCUCACUCACACACUCGAUGGCUUCCUGACACCUAUGAUCUCUCCCUCCCUCCGUCCUUCCUUCACUCGCGCACUCACCCAUUUUCACUAAUCCACUCACCAAAUCCCUCAAUCGCUCACUCCCUCGGCCAUCGAUAACUCGAUACUUUGUUCCCUCGCCCAUUCACAACCUCACCUCUUCUUUCACUCGGUUACACUCUCCCUCACCGUCUCAUUCACCCAAUCACUCUGUUACUACUGCCUCACUCCCCCACAUUCGUCCUUCGUUCUUGCCAUCCCCCCGCGAGCUUUCCAACUUCCUCGAUCCUUCGCUCCUUUACCCGAGACCUCCACAACUCUUUCCACCGCUCAAUCAAUCAGUCACUCACCCACUGUACCACCUGCACAUUCCGAUCCUUCUCACUCAUUCCCCACUUAUUCAGUAACAAACUAAUUCAUAAACUGAAGCCCUGAAUCAGUCACUUACUCACCCAAACAAUUCCUCAUUCCUCACUCGCUAUUCACUUAGUUCCCUAUAUCGCUUACUCACUCCCACUCUGCCUCCUUCCUGGUCUCAGCCUCCACAGCUUCUGCCGGGAACGGUCUCUGUAGGGCCCGGCACCUAUUGGAUACGGUACAACCCCGGUAACUGUCGGUCCAGUCCAAUCCGAAGCUGGUCUCCAACGAAUCCUGUCUGCAUUAGGCCUGGUGUCUACUGGUCCCGGUCUCUGCCGGGUAUGGUGUACCAAAAGUAGGUUUUGCCACACCUGGUCUCUGCGAGGGCCGCUUCUGUUCGGGGCCUCUCUCGGCAGGGGUCGGUCUCCGCCGGGCCAGUCUUUGCAGCGCACGGUCUCUGCAUGACAUGGGCUAUGCCUGGGAUGCCGAAAGCGCAGCCCAGUUUACGACAGCCCUGCUACCGACCGGACGACAUCCCUACUGAACCUGAUUUUGACGUAUUUGCUGGACACGAUCGUUAUUGCACCUGGUCCCUUCUUUACCGGCCUGUUCUCACCAAGGUAAAUGUAGGAAAAUGUCCAAAAAGCACACAAAACUAAAAAGAUUUGAAAUA